UGAGCAAAGUAUAAAAAUAAAUGUACUGCACAAAAACAGUUCGAGACGAUAACGCUCGACACAUAUAUAAGCGCUUGAAAGCUGAAGGUCUAUCAUUAGGUUAACCAGUUUCGAACACAGUUCGGAAAGUCGUUACCCAAGUAUUAAAAUGAAGGCAUUGCUAAUUCUUGUCGCCAUUUCUACGCUGGGGCUUGUCAGUGCUCAAUAUGAUUACAACUUGGCUUUGAAAAAGUCCAUUUUGUUUUACGAAGCACAGCGGUCGGGAAGGCUUACUAAUAACCGAAUUGAUUGGAGAGGAGAUACUUUCCUUAACGAUGGUUCAGAUGUUGGCGUUGACCUGUCCGGUGGCUAUUUUGACGCUGGAGAUCACGUCAAAUUCGGUUUCCCCUUUGCUCACUCUAUGAUUUUUCUUGCAUGGGGUAUGAUCGAUUACAGAAGCGCUUACCAGGCAGCUGGAGAGCUUGACAAUGGUCUGGCUGCCCUUCGUUGGGGAGCUGAUUGGAUCUUGAAGGCGACAAAAUUGGACCAAGGUAAAGUUUACGGACAAGCUGGUAAUGGCGGCGAAGACCAUGCUUAUUGGGGCAGACCAGAAGACUGGCCCGCUGGCCAAGUCCGUCCUUCAUACGCGAUUAGCACCAGCCAACCGGGUAGCGAUUUAGCUGCAAACUACGCCUCUGCUCUAGCCGCUGCUUCUGUCGCAAUCGGUAGCUCGGAUGCCACAUAUUCAGCUAAUCUCCUGAAUGUUGCUAAGCAGCUAUAUGACUUUGCCAAGAAUUAUAGAGGUAUCUAUUCCAACUCAAUCUCCGAUGCCGGCGCCUAUUAUCGCGCAUACGCUUAUGAAGACGAGUUGACAUUUGCUGCUGCCAUGCUUGCGCUUGCUACAAAUGAGCAAACCUACAAGACUGACGCCGCAAACUUCUGGAAUCAAUUCGGCUACGGCACUUUUGUUCAGACCUUUUUCGACUGGGACAACAAAAUGGCAGGAAUUUCAGUUCUUCUUUCCCGCAUCCUUGGUGACCAGAAGUACAAGACGUCUGCCCAGGCCCAUUGCGACUUCUGGAUGAACAGUGAACGUAGGACACCCAAAGGCCUUGUCUUCAUCAACGAAUGGGGAAGCCUCCGUCAUGCAGCCAACGCUGCAUUUGGAUGCCUUUUGGUGGCAGAUUCUGGUAUCGGCAAUGCAGCGGCUUACAAAGCUUUCGCCAAACAACAAGUUGAUUACGCCCUGGGCUCCACUGGUCGCAGCUUUGUAGUUGGAUUUGGAAACAACCCGCCAGUGAAAUGCCAUCAUAGAGGAGCUUCAUGUCCCGACGCACCAGCUCCUUGCGGAUGGAAUGAGUACAACAGCCCCAACCCCAACGGCCAAGUCCUGGAAGGUGCUCUCGUUGGAGGACCUGACAUAAACGACAACUACAACGACGCUCGAGACGAUUACAGAUCGAACGAGGUUGCACUUGACUACAAUGCCGGAUUCCAAAGUGCUUUGGCUGGACUCAUCAAUGCCGGCUAUUAGCACUUUUUCAUCUUCCACAUUUUCAAGUUAUACGUACUAUUAUUAGAUGAAUACAUAAAAUAUGUUGAUAGUCA